CCGCGUCAGUCCGCACCGAGCCGCCGCUCGAGACGCACGUGUCGUACGACGUCGCGACCACGGUCCACAGAUCGCGAAAAAAGUUUAACAUACGAAACUUUCUUAAGACUUUCCUUUCAACCCGAAGACUGUUGAAGUGGAACUGUCUCCUUCAUCCGGCAACCGAUGAGAGUGACCUUUCCUUAAACCGGAAUUCGGUACCCCAAGAACGAGUUUAGUCUCCGGACAGUGGCAGGACAUUGGUGAAGUGAUAACUUGAUUUUCAGUGCUGUGUUCAGUGUGAGUGACUGGAUAUUCUCAUUGCCAUUAUAUAUACAGGUCAUAGGAGGGCUGCUCUCUGCCUCUUAAGGUCGGCUAAUCAUAAUAGUGCUGUUAAACUUUAUAAGCAUGCCGCCGCCCGCCUAGGCAUGAGCGGCCGCGGAGCUGGGGGGCAGCGCUGCCAGCUGAUUCUGCAGCGCUGCCUUGCCAUCCACCUCACCAAGCCCGGCAACGCGCCAGAUGACUUCUGGAUGUAUGACUCCGGCUAUCUGCUGUUCCAGAGUUUUCUGGCUGCGAACGCAAAAUGUUGGUGGGCGGGUGCCUUAGCAGCUGCGACGGCAGAGCUUCGUUAUGCUGGCUACGUGGCCCCGGGGGUACUGCUGGUAGGAGGAGCUCCAAGGGCCCUUGAGACGGUCCGAGGGGCUUAUUCUCGGUCGGUUUUGAAACCGCCUCCAACUUAUCUCAUAUGCGGUCUGGGGGACAUCGAAGACUGUAUCGUGACGCCGACCUACCAGGGCCAGUUCACGCCGCUGCCGGAGGCGCUCUGCGACUGCAUCAUGGACCUCACGACACAGGGUCAAUCAGCGACAUUAGAAAGUAUAAGGACCUCCUUAUCCUCCAAGUUCCCGUCGAUGCAGACGCCGUCCCAGGAGGUGGUGUACGACACGCUGGCUCAGCUCAUGCAGGAGAGGAAGAUAUACCAGACCUCGAGGGGCUUCUUCAUUGUUACACCAGAACGUCGUCGUUCCCGUUCUCGAUCGUCUUCUCGUCACCACUCCACCGAGGAUGAGUGCAGCAGUCCUCGUACUAUCCUCAUGUCGGACCAGGAGGCGUUGCACCAGCUCUACGGAGAGAUCACCACUGUCAGGGAUGGCGCCGUCACACACCAAUGUGUUCAGACGAACCUCGCGGAUGUUAUAUGCGGAGGGAACCCAAACGACAAAGUUCUAUACGGUAGACCCAACAAGCGCCGCAGCGCUUCGUUCCCUGCGCCCCGCUCCCUCGACCGGCGCCACUCCCUUCGGAUCUUCGGUUCAUCCAGCAAGUACUUGCAGCGAUGCGCUUCCACACGUAGUUUGCACCACAAGCACAAUACGACAGAUAGCUCGUCAUCCACCGACUACCCACCCAGUGUAGAAUCUGCGUCGCCUAAGAAAGUGUCGUUGCUCUCCCGCUUAUUCAGACGAAGCGGCCGCAGCAAGCAGACCCGCGCGAUGAGCACCUUCUCUGCGCAGUUCCCGCCCACUGAGUGGUUCAACUCCAAGGCGGUGCAUCUACACUGUGUCGCGACACAAACUGACUCUAAGGAGUCCCUGCAGAGCCAAACAUCAAUCGUUUCAUCGUAUUAUGACGGUUCAGAAAUCAGCAACCGAUCGUCGACAUUACCACGACGACACAAGAGACAUCUUUCAACCGAAUCAGGUCUAGCGACGUCCAUGCAAUACGACCACUCGCCCGUGAGGCAGUCGAGCCCUAGUUCAGGCAGUCUCCCGAGGUCAACACUGAGUAGAAGUUCCACGAACAAAACUAUAUUGGACCAUUUUGGAUCACCUCAACGAAACAGCGAACCAAAAUUAAGAGACAGUCCAAAUGGAAGUUUACGGCGUGUGGAUUAUUCAGAUAACUUAAUGUCUACUAGUGGGCCUUCAAGCUUAGAGAGCAACACCCAUAGAACACCGCGUAAAGAUUAUAGAAAUGGACAAUCGGAUCUAAAUUCACCUAUGAAAAGAGGUUAUCACACGAGCGGUAGCAGUGGUCAUUCAAGCUUAGAAUCACAUAUAUCAGAUCGCACUUUGAAACCUUCACCUAGUCAUACUAACGGGAACGCUGGCCUUAGCAGAGCACAAUCACUAGUUAAAGUCCAAAGCCUUCAAAGUUCACCUAAAAGUCUACACAAGUGUAGAACUAAACCACCAAUUGUUGGAGGUGAAACGGUUAAAAACGGUAAGAGCACAUCCCCGAGAACUUCACCAAAAAAUUGUCCAAAUACUCCCAAAAAAACCGCUACUCCUUUGCAUAACAAAACUCUUGGAUCCAAAGUCGAGAACCCCGCUACCGCAAUGCUUGCUAGUUCUAACUCAAAUAACUCCAUCACACUGAAAGUAACGACAAACACAUUGUCACAAAAUGGCGGAACUAACACCAAAGUCUAUGUUCAAAAUUCACCUGUUCGUUCUGUAAUUACUUUUGAAAACGGUAAAAUUACUGAGACUAGUAACGGCAGCAACAUAUAUAUAAUUAAUGAUGACAGACAAGUCGUGUCCGUCUCCCAAAAUGGAGUGUCUAACCAAACGACAAAAAAUCCGACAGAAACAUCUUUUGAUGUAUGCGUUGAAAAGAAGAAACAGUUGUACCAAGAACCAGAUAAAGAAAAAGUACAAGAAAAUAAAUUCAACAAAAAUUCAAUCAACGACACGCGAAUGAAUAACAACAGAAAAUUAUCUUUACAGAUAGGAGGUGUUGCGAACAAUAACAGUUUCAUUUACAAAAAUCAGUUAAACAAUACAAAUGACGUAGCCUCAAAUCCUUCUUCGCCAGCAAUCCAUAACAACAUUCAUAAUAUAGAAGCGAGCGCUACCAGCAAUCCUUCCACGCCAACUAAGACCUAUGACAAUGUCAUUGGAUCAUUAGGCAAUCUAAGAUAUCAAAAGAAUUCUUUAACAACAACGCACGGAGGAAUACAUGCGAAUUUAAACACAAAUACCGACCUUAAAAGCGUUGACUUGCUAAAAAAAGCAGCAGCUUUGCAAAUGUUGAAUGGGCUUCCAAAUAUUCAUAAUAGAAUGAGCUCGGAAUCUAUAGCUAAUCUAUUAUCGAAAGGCAUCGAUCAGAAACCGACAGUUCUGGGUUCAGAACCCAACCUGGCACUAAAAAACCAAGAAGUAAAUAAAGAUAUAAACAUUUCAUCUGAAAAGAUUCACAGCUUAGAAAACAAACAGAAGCGAUACAGCCUAAGUCAAGAUGGCAAGAAGGAACACCAAGAUUUUUAUAACUUUCCAAGCCUAAGCGACUUGAGCUUUAAUUUUACUAGUUUAGCUGCACAAAAGAUUUUGAAGGGGGUCAGUAUAAAUAGCGUAGAUACGUUGGUAGAACUGAACAUGGCCGCCAACAAUACAGAGAAGCAAAACAAUCGCGAUGUAGCUGCAGUAUGCACGGACUUCGGCCUUGUAUAGUAUAUGUAUUGUUUAUUUUGUUUUUAAUGUACAAUAGUAGACUUAAUAAAUACGCAAUACGCUAGGUAAAACUUAUUCGUAACAACUUCAUAACAUACCUUAGAUAUGCACUAUGUAUUAAGUUGGAACUUUGUACUCAUGUUUUGUACUCUCAACUUAUUAAUUAAUUCUUCAAAUGUAUUUAACGUACUUGAAUUUAUCUUUACUAACUGUACGCUAUCAAUUUCUGCUAAUGUAGUAUUAUUUAAUUCAGUAUUCUUAUUCAAUUUUUCGAAAAAAAAAAAAAACAUGUUCUAGUAUUGGCAAAGACUUAACUUGCUUUAAAAGUAAUGACAAUAAAUUACUUGUGAAUCAAGUGGCCUAAAACAACCUUCCAUGAUGUAAUUUAGUGCCUAUAUAUUGUAUCUCCACUAGUAGAAACUUGUAGCCCUAAAUUUUAAACCUUAAGCACCUAUCUGUUCACUUAUAGACCUUUACCUUUCCAAAAUCAGCACUUCUGUUGUGCCAUCAAAUUUUCCAGUGAAGAGGUUGAGUACAAACUAGAAUACAUCCAUUAAAACAGAUUCCAUCCAAAGAUGGGAAGUAUAGGGAUGUUAUAUUUAAUGUAUGUCAUUUGUAAGUGCCAUAAAUAAACUGUAAUGUAAUGAGAAUUGGACAGUCGGUUUGAUAUUGGAAGAUUGGUGACCAUUAUUUUUAUUUGAAUGCUGCACUUAAAGUGUAGUUGAAAUAAAGGGUAAUAUUUAUUCAUUAGGAAAUAUAAUCGGAAGUCAAUGCAUACUAGUUUUAAGUUGUUCAGUAACGCCAUUUGUAUAAAAGUGUAUUAACAAUAUAAGUUGAUGCUUUA